AUGCCUGUUCGAAUCGAGCGAAGGAAAAUCAUGCAGCAGCGGGCUUUGCAGGAUUUAGUCGAAAUGCAAGCAGCCCUCGAUCGAAAUCGACAGUUUCUUGGAGGCAUGAUUGCCACCUUUCGUGUUGGCGACACUCAAACCUCGAACGACCUCCUGGCAAUGAUCCGAUCCGAGAUUGGCCUUGCACAGCUUGGCUCUUAUGUCGCGAACACUCGUCGUUCGAAUCCCAUGAUCGAAGAGGCUUUCCGAAGUAUUGAUUUCACGAGCGAUGCCCAGGAAGGACUCCCAUCUCCCAUGCAAAUUCUGAAAAGCAUGACACCGCAACAUAGCUCAACCAUUGAGAGAUCCGCGCUAGAUGGCGGCAGUCAAAGCUUGGGUUCGGCCAGUGACACUGCAAACUUCCACGAAUCGGUGGAUGAAAACAUAUGA